GCUCGUGCAUCGAAGGCAGCGCUGUUCUCGCCGCACCCGUUCCCGCGGGCCCUUCCAAUUGAGGCCCUUCUCAGAUUAGGCUGAUCGUGCUCUCGACGUCUGCACAGAGCGCCAGGCCACACGCGUCCAAACAGAGCCGGUCGCUCAAAAUCACGCCCUCCGCGCCCCCUCGCCCACUGCCCCAGGCCCCCGCUACCCCCACGCCGCACGCCCCCGCAUGGCGUCGCGUACGAAGAAGGAGCUCUCCACGUCCCCGCCCCCGCGCGAAGCCGCGUCCACCGAAGACACCACCAAAGUCAAGAGAAAGCGCCAGUCCCAGAGCUGUGACGCGUGUCGCGCACGCAAGGUCCGAUGCGCACGAGAGAAUCCCGACGACCCCAAGACCUCCUGCAAGCACUGCAUCGCCCUCAACAUCCCCUGCACCUAUGACUACCAGCCCAAAAAGCGCGGGCCUCCCAACCUCUACCUGCGGAGGCUGCAGGAGGCCGCCGCAGCACAGGCCGUCGCAGCCCAGCAGCAGGCAGAGGCAAGUGGCUCCGACAUGACUCAGUCUCCCGCGUCCACCUCCCAUGCCGCAACUAGUCCCGCACAGGGCCUCUCGCCGCCCGCCCCCGGCGCCAUCUCCUUCCUCGACCAGUCCCUAGCCGGCGUACCGACCAUGCCGUCGGCCGCCCUGACCCCUUCGCGCUAUCCGAUCUCUGCAGACGGCUUCCACUCUCACUUCAAUCCGAUGCCCUCCGUCGCUACCGCCUACACUGCCGCCCGCGACGACUUUGUGGCUCCGCAGGAUCAGUUCAGCACCUAUCCCCUCCACAACUGGUCCUUCCGCCAGCACCAAACCCUUCAGAUACCUCCGCCCGCGACGAUACCCCCACUCUCCUACUACUACCGUGCCCACAGACUCGAGGAUGUCGCCCCGAGGGACACCAUUCUCCUCAUCCUCGCUCUCUUCUUUGACUUUGUCUAUCCGCUGACGCCCUGCAUCCACAAGCAGUCCUUCAUGGCUGAUAUUCACUCCCAUCGCGAGGAGCGAGAUCCGCUCUUUUUCGCGCUCGUGAUGUCGACGGUGGCCUCGACGCUCGUGCAGGUACCCAGGUCCUACCUGCCCUUGGAGCGGUAUGCCGUGCGCAAGCUCGCGCAGACCUGCCACGAAGCCUCGCGACACAUCUCCGUCGCGUCGUAUGAUCCGCCGACGUCCAUGCACGUAGUCAUCCGCUACUUUGACACGGUCUACCACUUCUGUGAGGGCCACGAUGCAACACAACACGCUGCCUUCGGUGAGGCCGCGCACAUCGCGAUUACGCUUCGCAUGCACGAGGAGUCCUCCUACGAGGGCCUAGACCUCAUUGAGUGCGAAGUUCGUCGACGGACCUUUUGGCUGCUUUUUGGGGCGGACAAGUCAAUGUCGAUACUGCUGGGCCGUCCCAUCUCUCUUCGCGACGAGGACACCACGUGUAACUUCCCUCGUGAGUUGGAUGACGAGUACAUCACGCACAGCGCGUACCUCCCGCAGCCGCACGGCAAGACCGCGAUCGUGUCGGGCCUGAACUACAUCUCGCGCAUCUUCGCGCUGCUCGGCGAGAUCCUCGUGCGCAUCCGCGUCGACAAGCGCUCCCCGCCGCAGGGCCAGUUUCUAACCGCGCGCCUCGAGGAGGUCGAGGCGCUGCACCUGCGCAUCAUGAGCGCGCUCGCGCAUGCGCCCGAGGCUCUCCGCCUCAAACACGUCCUCAGCCCGAACUACAUUCCCCCGGAACUCGGCGGGCCGAACUUCCGCCAGACGACGCUUGGGGAGGUCAAGGACUUUUUCGAUAACCCGAACGCGAGUCGCGCGAAUGCACUCAACCCGUUCCUGGUCAUGCAGGCGAACGUCUACGUCACACAGCAACUCGUCCGGUUUGUCAUUGAGCAGUACCGGGACGAGCUCAUUACGGCGCUCCAGGCGAGCAUCGACGAACAGCGCGUUGCCGAGGAGCGCGAGGCGGUUGCCAGCGAACUCCUCAACAUAUUGCACAGCAUUCCGAUUCAGAGCAUCGCGACGAACGGCCCCUCAUUGGUGCAUAAAGUGCGCUUCGUCGCGUCGACGCUGCUGGACGCGGUGCGAAAGGCGGAGACGGCGCCAGCGUCCGCUGCCCGUGCUCACGCGUAUCUCUGGGACUUCCUGUCAAUCCUGUCAGAGAUCGAGCGGAACUAUCUGCUGGACGACGAGCCCCGCGAUCCAGGCGCGAGUGGAGACGGGAUGCCCCUCAUGGGCAACUGAGGCUGUGCCGCGCCGCUCUCGCACUGCAGUCGUCAUGUUCUAACUGUUCUAUCCCUACGAACUCGAUGGCCCACGGCGCUCAUCACUAUCGCUACGCUUCUCUCCUCACUUUGUGUGCUGUCUACAUAUGUGCCUCCGUUCCCUUCGCACAUCGCUCCCUGGCUCUCUGGUUGCCUAAAUCUCUCCAGCCCGUUGUGAUUGCCUCUCGGCCAGCGUUACUACCCACUCCCGUCCGUACCGUGUAUGACUGUAUAAUUCUGCUCUCCCUAACGCGCCGGGUUCGUACCGUAUGAUGUAUCGUAUUCUGAGUCCACAUUGCUAUCGAAUCGUUUUUGGUUUA